ACCAAUAGAUAAGAAUUUAUAUAUUAGCUAGAGAGAAUGCGUUUGACUUGAAGGCGCAAAAUAAAUGUAAUUAUUGGACCUCAGUUUAGCAAUGCCAAAGCGUUAUUUAUAUGCAGUAGUUGCUCUGAAAUGCUAGUUUACUCGGCAAAGGAGAGGUUUCUGAUUUUUUCUAAGAAGUCGUUGAGUAGUGUGAAAGCAGUUGCUGUUCCGAUUGGGGACACUGUGACAGAUCUGCUGCUGAUCGUAGAAUACAAUCACAGGGGACAGCAUGACAGGGCACUCACCCUACUCACAAUAUUCCUCCUCUCCCACAUCACCUGCUGUCUGGUCAUAUUCCACAGAGUCAAACACAAGCAGGAGGCCAGAGCUGUGUGGAGUGCUCCCUGGAGCAGGGUUCUAUUCACUCUGGCAACUGUGUUCACCUUGGGCCCAGUGGUGCUGAAGUUGGUGGAAAUACACGGGGAAGAGGAUAGAGUACAUGGGGCUAGGAAGCCGACCUGCUACUCCAAACUCACUCUUUGUUUCCUGGAGAGUCUGCCACAAGUGGUGCUCAACACUUUCUACAUCUGCCAGGAUGGAUGUUUCUGCGCCAAUCAGAUUGUUUCAUUAACUCUCAGUGUGGCUGCCGCAUGCUAUGCCGUCCAAAGGUACACCAAUCCGGCCAGUGAGAAGUUGUCCCGUCCGAUUGAGAACACAAUACACACACUUUGGCUGUUCUGCAUCCUAAUAGGAAAUAUCCUGCCCUUCACUCUGAUGGCAGGUCUCCUCUCCCCCAUCUUCCUACUGACGGGACUCCUCUCAGUCUACGCUCUCACCUUCCAAAUGCUAUGCAGAGCAGUGCUCAUCAACCUCAUCAUCCUGCAAAAAAAUAGAAACAAGUGGGGAUCUUUCCAAGGUUGCCUAUUCAACGCAUUCGUCCACAGUGACUCAGAGGCCAUCAACAAGAGGUUCAAGGCGGCUUUCUUCAUAACUGCCCUGAUAUCAUUCCUCACUCUAAGUGGGUACUUGUCACUGUUCGCGUAUUGGACUAUUGUUGAACCGCGCAGUGACAGGUUCGAACACACUUUAGAGUAUUGUUCAAGUGUCAAGAUAUACGAAAAGCCGAUUGUAAUAUUGACAGCUUCUUCAUUAUGUUUGCUUCUUUCAAACUCAUUUCUUUUCUUUGUCAUCUUGAGCGAUUGGCAGAACAUUCAGAACAAUGCUUAUAGAAUCAGAAGGUUUUUCUGUGGACGCUGUUUUGCCAUUAGAGGCUACGAAGCGGAUAUAAGCACUGACAGAGUCGGAGUGCCUGGAGAGAAAACAGACAUUGAACUAGUCUUGAAGCGAAGCGAGUCCAUUUCGGACGGAAACCCGAAACUUCGGAAGACGAUGAAACGAGAUGUUAGUUUUUGGGAUGAUGUGGGAAUCGACACUCGAGUGCCGCCACAUCUGAGAGCUCAUCCAGUUGCCAGCAAAGAAACAGAUCACGAGGUAGAAACUAGCUCACAGAAGGCGCCAAAUAGCCCCAAAGUCGGAAACUACGGCGACGCCAGUAGCAGAGCGGAGCUGAUAUCAUUCAAGCCCAGAACCACUAGUCUUUUGCAGCACGAAAACACCAUGACGACUAUUGGCGAAGCGACAGAAGUCUAAAACUAAGAUACCCUUUGUAGUUCUCAAAGCUGCCCUCAUUGAAGUGCAUCUUUGCUUGCAAUCAUCCCAAUUAGUUUAUUUAAAUUCAACAAGUUUUUGGCUGAAUAAGCUUCUAAUAUAGCUGAAUAACUCUAAGUGUAUUUUAAUUGUUGUUGAAAAUUUAAUUUGAGUAAUAAUGCUAUGGUAUUUCCAUUGGAAGUUUAAGUUGCGUCGUCAUACAAUGUUUAAUUUAGUAUCGCUUUCCAUAUUUGUUGAUUGUGUAGUUUUAUUCUUUGUUUUCGUUGAACUUGAAAAGGCUUAGUGAGUUUUUUUGUCACGGUCUCUGAAUUUUACUUUCUUAGUUCUGUCGGGAAGUAGCGCGAAGCUCCAGUGCGUUCAAAAAAUUGAUUGUACGUUUUUUGCAAAGACCUUUAAAAGAUUCCUUUGCCUGCGUUGAAUUAGGAAAAGGUUGCCGUAGGAAAUAUGUUGCUGUAUACGUGACAUUUAAUCAGACCUGAUGAAAUAUUCAUAAUAUGCCCCGAAGUGCCGUGUUAAAAGAUCUGAUAUGCCAUAUAAUCCCAACAAAAUUUGAUGUAAUCUAUGGCGCUCCCUGUUGUAGCAAACAGCCUCUAUAGUGGCCUUGU